GUGAAAGAUCGCGGACUCAAAUACUUCCAAGAUGGCGGAUCAUUCGUACGAUUUUCAUUUUGUAAAUGAAGUUGUAUUACCAGGAGAUAUAGUUGCAGAAAAAGUGAAAACUAAGCAAAUUGUGGUUAAAAAAAUAAAGCUUAAGCUUGGACCUGGAUUAAGAAUGGAUAAAGACAAUAUUAUAGCGUAUAAAUGUGGUGUAUUGAGAGAAAAGGACAGCACCAUGUUUUGGAUUGAUAAUGAUCAGAAAAGGGUAUUUAAUAUUCUGUUUCAUUCCAGUAUUUGAUAUAUAAUAUAAUAAACACAGUGUAGUGACGUGGUUAAGAGUGAAAUUUCAAGCGUUAAAAUUAUGAAAGAGUUCUUCCUGCAAACACGUGGCCAGAAUGGUUAGAAUAUUAUAAAAGGACCGGUUAGGCCGUUUAUAGGGAAGGGGGUAGGGUGCGGGAAUUUGGAAAAGUUCAGGAUAAAUAUACUGUCUAAAGAAUUGAUGUCUGAUGUCCCAGGUUGGAAAACUUGUAUCAAUUUCCCUAUGUGUACUGUAGCUUGCAACUUGCAAGUGAUCUGGAUUGAUCAGUUGCGAACUGCGAGUGGACAUAUAAUCGGGUAAAUGCAAACUGCAAGCAAAUUAAUUAAUUAUCCAAAGCCAUCAAGCUUGUAAUUUUCAAAAUUUUCUGGGGAGCAUGACCCCAGACCCCCUGGGAAUGUUCAUGGUGAAAUUGUCAAGAUGAGUCCCCAAUUACAUGUAAAAGGAUUGAUCAGUGAACAUUCCCUGUUUGUGUGUGGACUGUGACUUUGUUUGCUUUUUUGGCCUGGUAUUUUCAAUGACAUGAUCAUACCAACAUUUUUGACAAGACAAUGUUGUAUUUCGUAACAGUUACUAUUAGUUUUAAUAACUAGUCGCAGAAACUCAAACCCUAGCCACUAUUUUUAGUCCAUUGUCAAUUUAAGAUGUGAGUGUGGGCUGUUAAUUACAGUGUAGCUGCAAGUUGGAGCAAGUUUUCCAACCUGGCCGAUGUCGGAUGAAUAUUCACAAUGUUGUAUAAUAUAUUAGUAUUUAGUAAUUUGAAUUACUACCGGUAAGUCUGUCAUUCUUUCUUCCUUGAUCGAGUAAUAACAUGUGGCAGGAUUCAAAGAACACUGUAGUCUGUACACUGAACACAAGUGAAGCAUGUAAAACCAAUAUUAAAAACACCAGGCAAUAGCUGAGUACAUUAAUGAUUAUAACAGCACUUAAAUAUGAGACAAGAUUCUAUAUUUCUAACACACUUGUCAGUAAACAAUUUUAUUUAUUAUAACUUUAAAAGUCAAUAUUGAAAUUCUCCUUAACAAAUAAACAACUGCUUCACCCGUCCCCUUACAAAAAAUUCCAUUUGGAAUCCGAAUAGGAAUUUAAAUUGUCUGAUCGAUCAAACAGAAAAAAUCAUCACAAAUGAAAAUUGGAGCAAGUCUAUAAUUAUUUUUAUAGAUAUUAAGUGACUGAAAACUGUUCCAAAAUAGUCUACAAUGAUAGAAUGUCUUGCAGGGGCAUAGGAACUGGGGAGGGGGGCAAGGGGGCAAAGGCCCCCAAGUUUUCAGAAAGUGCCCUUUUUCCGGUAGCAAAAUGCCCUUUGCCUUCGUGAAAAAUGUUGUUCAGAUUGCAUUUUUUAUGAUUACAAUUAUUUUUCCUUCAGAAAACACAAAAAUGCCCACUUUCCGGUGACAAAGUGCCCUUUGCCUUUGUGAAAAAUGUUGUGCAGCUUGCAUUUUAUAUUUUUGCAAUUAUAUUUCCUCCUUUCCCCCCACCCCCCCCCCCACCCCCCUUCCCGUCGCCAACAUUCCCGGGAAAAAUUUUUCAGGUGCAAUUUUCAUUCCAAAAGUGCCCUCCCCCCCCCCCCCCAAUCUUUUGAUACUUCAUACUGCUACUACUGCAUGACAAUCACUUUGAAAUCCUUCUUACACUGGUCUUCCAUUGCUCUUUCCAAGCCUUCCAUAUCCAUGCUAAUAUUGUGCUGGAAAUGUGGAAUGAACACAAUUCUUCCUUGGCCUUCCAGCUUUUUGCCUACCAUGGGUAGGUUCCCAAUGAUUUAGGCACAACUUUAUUUUUCCUUUUCAAACAGUGACCAGGUUCAAGACUUAAACUAUGCUCUAGUUUCUUAGGACCAUGGUAAAGCCGGACUUUAAAAAAUGAUCGGCCGAAAUUCUACAUGAAAUGACGCUGAUUUUUCAUACAGAAUUCAGUGAAUUUCCGCGUAGAGGCCUAGGGCAUACCUACAAAAUGGGCUUCAAUUUCCUCCACCUUUGGCUUCAAAACAAUAGCCAGAGACCCAGAGUUAUCCGUAAAAGAGUUCACUGGUGGCGAGUCACUCGCGUGUUACGACUUACGAGUCGGCAAAGAGUGCGGCAUUAGAAAUAUAACAACUUUAAAUCGACGUGCCAAAACAAAGAAAAGUAAACAGUAUUAAAAUAUAGACUAUAAUACUUCUUUUUAUUGAGGUUUCUCUUGCACAGUGUAUAUAAACGAAACCGCCUUGUGGAGAGCGACUAUUUGCUUGUUGAUUUUAAAAAUAGGCUUAUACAUGUCAUAAACAAACAAUUUCGCUACUCACAGAGAGUGACAUCACUGUCGGACACUAUUCGACAAUAGCGAUGACACGAGUAAAAUAGUUUUUUCUGACGAAGUUCUAAGUGAGUAGUGUAUGCGACACGCGACUUUCUGUCACUUUACACUACAACGCAAUCCAUAAAGUGUAUUUUAAAUUUUUGCCAAUGGCAUAAUAACAAAUACUUAACUCUCAAACGUUGAUGAUAAAAAUAACCGAUAUUAUCCGAAGUCAAGGAUACAGUAUAUGUUUUAUCCUGGCUAGCUGCGCAUCAUCUAUACUAUCUUUUCAAUUAAGAUACUGUUAAAAAGCAUAUAUUACCCAAUAUGUUGGAUCAGAAUAAUUUCAAAUGUGUAGUUGUAUGCUGUAUGGUUUGCGUAGAAAUGUGUUUAAACGAUUUUAAGUUCACUUGUUUCUUGCUUCGUAGGUUAAUCUUCAUGGAAACAAAAUGAUUUUAUUUUGAUCUCUCAUCAUGUAUUAUAACCUUUGUACACUUUUUUCGUCAGUUUAUAUAAAAUAAUUCUGCAUUCUGAACCAUGCGUGGAAGUAAAUUCGAAAAUAAAACUGUUGUUUUUAGUAUAUCCCAGUAAAAAAUGACAAAGUAGUUGGAAUAGUAACAAACAGAGGAGGAGAGAGUUAUCAAGUUGACAUUGGAAGUAGUAUGGCCUCUGCAUUGCCAUUUCUAGCAUUUGAAGGAGCAACAAAGAAAAAUAAACCUCAACUAAAGGUAGUGUAUAUAAUUUGUUUCAGUCUUUCACUAAUAUACUUAAUAUACCUAAUAUUAUGUAUACGAGUUUUCCUUAUAUAUUGGUUCAUCGUAACGGUGGCGUAUAGUUUCACUUUCAGUACAGCUUUUUAAAACUUUAUCGACAAGAUAAGCCGUUUCAAAGAAGAUCGCUCCAGACCAGACUGUCUUUAAUUUUACGUUGAAGAAAUUGCAAGUUAGCAUGCAUUUCAACCUUUACCAUGUUUUUCAUUGCCGUUAACCCGAUAUAUGCGGGCUGUAUUAUCAAUUACGAUAUUAAUUUUAUACUGUAUACGAUUAUACGAGUGUACAUAUAAUAAUAAUUAUCCAACGUGUCUAUUUAGAAAUUAAAAACUUGAAACUUUCUUGCAUUAUAUGUCUUAGAUUGGGGAUUUGGUGUAUGGUCGUUUAUCUGUCGCCAAUAAAGAUAUGGAAGCAGAAUUAGUAUGUACGGACACAAAUGGUAAAGCAAAUGGUAUGGGUCCUUUAAAAGAUGGAUUCCUUUUUACACAUUCAUUGGGAUUAACUAGAAAGUAAGGAAUCAACGUUAUACUGUAACUUUAGCAGUUCUGUAAUCUUUGCUCAGUAAGAGGCUUUGCAGUGUCACGCUUUUUGACUCACGGAUGUUGCGAAGUAACAUCUGUGAGUCUUUGUGCGCACUGUUUACCUGUCGCCUGCUUUGUGCGCACUGUUUACCUGCAAAUUGGACCUUUCAGAACCGCAAAUCGGGCUGGAGCACGCGUUCGUUCUUUUGAUUUGGCAAACGAAGCACGAUAAAUGGCAAAAUUCGCAUUGUGCCCGUUUGCAAAAACAACUGCAUGCAAACUGCUCCAAUUCUUUCUGUCACUUUCAUUUGAUCUAAUCCGUGAGUCUGCCUCAACGGCCUUUGAUUCAUGUUGUAGUUUGAUGUUUAUUGGCUUCCAAAAAUUAAGUAUUUAUUUAGUAUAUAUUUGUAGUAGUGUGCGGUUUUUUAAAUUUUUUAACCCGAAUACUAAAUUCUCAAGUCAAAUUUCAUUCAUUGACAGUGACCAUGCAUGUAACUUUUCAACCAGUGGUCUGAGAUUGAAUCAUGUUGAAGUUACCUGGAUAGUAUAGUAGGUAUUUAUUGUUAUGGUUGCUAUUUAGAUUGCUUAAUCCAGAUGGCGCUGUCCUCAAGGUUCUUGGAAAAGUGUUUUCUUUCGAAUCUACGGUAGGACUGAACGGAAGGACGUGGGUGAACUCUAAUUCAAGUGAUCAUACGAUUCUCAUAGUGAAUGCAAUUGAACAGUCUGAGUAUAUGACAUUGUCACAGAUUAAGCAAAAUGUACAUAGACUGGCCGAAGGAAUGCGCGAGUAAAACAUGCUAAAUACAGAAUGUAUAAGCCGGGUAUUAUAUUGACGUACAUUUGCAAUCUCCAUGCAUUGCAGGAUAAAUGAAAAGGCUACUGAACAAAUUUAAUUAAGGUAGAUUAUGAUCGGAAGGGGGUCAUACUCAUCAUAGAUAGUCGAGGGUUCUCUUAGAUAGGUUGCACUGUGACAAUCUUCAUACACCGAAAAAACACAGGAAGAUGACAAUUUACAUGUAUAUGAAACUCUGUUUCUGUGUAUGAUACCUGAUUCGCUUGUCACGAAAUCGAACUUAGCAGUAUCAGCAUUGCCUCGACACUUGAAAUUGAGAUUAUAUGACGAAAACCCUGGGGGAAUGGGGGGGAGAGCAGGCAUUACUCCUGCGGUUUAAUAUAUAUGCUUUCUCCAUGUCCCUGAUACGCACAUACGACGUAGCGUGCGAGGUAAUAAGGUAAGAAAUAGGGACUUGUACUUCUUGAAUGCAUUGGAACCGAAAGUAAUCCAAUACAAUACAGUUCCUGAUAAAUUUCUAAAACUGAACAGAGAAAUUCUGAGUGAAACACAAAUAUGAGUAAAUUACUUCUACAGUAAAUAGAAUAACUAAACAAGACGCUCCAAUUCCUCACCUUCCCAAUUUGGGAAGUGAAAAGGUGAUUUGUGGGAAAGAGACCAAUGUCGCGGCAUGUCACUGAAGCUACCUGCAAUUAGGCCGAAGCAAAUUUGAGGGACUGUGGAAGAGUCAGAUACUGCUAUAACUGCAGGUCAUUAUGAUUAGAAAAACAGCUUUGACGAUGACGCAAUGACAAUGCAUUGACACUGCAAUGACAUAUCCUUUGUCCAAAAUUUAAAUAUGAUAAUAAAAUUUUCG